CGUCGAAAAGUAGUGCUGAAUAAUGGCAUUGUCCGGCUUACAUUUUCUCAUCCCGGAGGAGACGUCAUUGGAAUCCAGUACAAGGGAAUCGACAACUUACUUGAAAUUAAGAAUCAUGAAAAUAAUAGAGGGUAUUGGGAUGUUGUCUGGAAUAACCGAGAGACAGAAGGUGUGGACAAACUGCAAGGGACAAGAUUUAAAGUUAUCACAGCGAGGGCCGAUCAAAUAGAAAUUUCUUUUAUUCAAACCUACGAUGUUUCUCUCGGUAAUGCCACACUUUCCAUGAAUGUUGACAAAAGGUACAUAAUGCAGCGUGGUCGCGCCGGGUUCUAUGCAUAUUCCAUAUUUGAGCGUCCUGAAGGGUGGCCAGAAGUGGACAUUGAUCAAAUUAGAAUUGUUUACAAACUUCAACCAGACAAAUUUCAGUUUAUGGUUGUAUCUGACGACAGACAAAGGAUCAUGCCAACAGCCGAGGACCGUGAAAACGGUAUUAAACUUGCCUAUCCUGAAGCUGUUCUUUUGACCAAUCCAAGCAAUCCUGACCUUAGAGGAGAGGUGGACGACAAAUACCAAUACUCAACUGAGAACAAAGAUAACAAGGUCCAUGGAUGGAUUUGCACUAACCCAGUUGUAGGCUUUUGGAUUAUCAUACCUAGUGAUGAGUUUCGCACAGCUGGGCCGUUCAAGCAUGACCUCACCUCUCAUGUAGGCCCAACCGCCCUCUCUAUGUGUGUUAGUACUCACUAGGCUGGGAAGGAAGUUGGGAUGAGAUUUGUAGAAGGUGAGGCAUGGAAGAAAGUUUUUGGGCCUGUCUUUGUGUAUCUUAAUUCAGUUCCGACCUUAAAUGAAACUAUUCUCUGGGAAAAUGCUAAUGAGCAGUUGGCUGAAGAAGUCAAUAGCUGGCCAUACAAUUUCACUCAAUCAGAAAACUUCCCUAGCUCAAGCGGACGCGGAUCAGUUGCCGGUCAAUUACUAGUACAGGAUUGGUACAUCAGCAAGAGCCAUGUCUGGGCAAGUUCCGCAUAUGUAGGAUUGGCUGCAACUGGAAAUGCGGGAUCAUGGCAAAAGGAAAUCAAGGGUUAUCAGUUCUGGACUCAAGCUAAUGAGCAAGGUUAUUUCCUUAUCAAAGAUGCUCGACCUGGAAAUUAUAGUUUGUAUGCAACUGUUCCCGGCAUUAUUGGGGAUUACAAAUAUGAGGCUAAUAUUACAAUUGAACCACGAAGUGAAAUCAAUUUGGCUAAUCUUACCUACGUACCUCCAAGAAAUGGUCUCACCCUAUGGGAAAUUGGCAUACCAGAUCGAUCCGCGGCCGAGUUUAACGUACCCGAUCCAAAUCCCACCCUUAUGAACAAAUUGUUCACUACCAAUCAUGCAAACAAGUUUAGGCAAUAUGGCUUGUGGGAACGAUAUGCAGAUUUAUACCCCGAUGAGGAUCUCAUCUAUACCGUUGGUACUGAUAAUUACAGUGAUAAUUGGUUCUUCGCUCAUGUGACAAGGAACAUUGGAAAUCAUACGUAUGAACCAACAACAUGGAAAAUUCUAUUUGAACUUCAAAAUUUGACAAAUCCAGGAAAUUAUACACUCCAGUUAGCAUUGGCCUCAGCCACUAAUGCAGAAGUUCAGGUUCGAUUCAACAACCAGAGCGCCUUCCCACCUCAUUUUACGACAGGGCUAAUCGGGAGGGACAAUGCCGUAGCUAGGCAUGGAAUUCAUGGUUUGUACUGGUUGUUCAGUAUUAUUGGACCGAGCUAUCAACUACGAGAAGGAAACAACGCCAUCUAUCUUACCCAGUCAAGGAGCUUGGGCACUUUCGAAGGAGUGAUGUACGACUAUAUCCGACUAGAAGGACCCCCUCCUCGAAAGUGAUCAUAUUGGUU